CCUCAGGGGGGGAGGGGGAGCCUAGGCGAUAGGACGGCGCAUCUCGCCGCGGUGAGGAGCUGGCGCCGAGCUCUUGCUGCGCGCAGCCCAAGUUCAACCCGGGCUUCUCGUCUCUAACGCACACGCCUCCUUUCCCCUCCUCGGCUGGGCGGCGCUCGCUUCUCUCUCUCUCUGUCUCUCCCCCCCCCCGUUUGUCCGCUGGCGGCUGGCCCCGAGCUGACACACGCCGAGCAGAUGUGAAAGGAGCCUGGCUGGAGACCCGCUGCAGCCGCUCCACAGCCAGCUCGUUAGCAACAACCCUGUCCCGCCACUCCGCCCCGCCAGGUCCCAGCGGGAGAAAUAUGUGGCAGCCGGCAACGGAGAGAUUGCAGCAUUUUCAGAACAUGUUGAAGACUAAGCUAAAUGUCUUAACUCUUCGGAAGGAACCUCUUCCCACUGUAAUCUUCCAUGAGCCAGAAGCCAUUGAGUUGUGCACCACAACUCCAUUAAUGAAGACUCGGACACAUGCUGGAUGCAAGGUUACGUACUUGGGAAAAGUUUCUACAACAGGGAUGCAGUUUUUGUCCGGUUGCACAGAAAAGCCAGUAAUUGAAUUGUGGAAGAAGCACACCCUUGCUAGAGAGGACAUCUUCCCAGCUAAUGCCCUCCUUGAAAUCCGUCCUUUCCAGGUUUGGCUUCAUCAUCUAGACCUCAAAGGAGAGGCCACUAUCCACAUGGAUACCUUUCAGGUUGCUCGUAUUGCUUACUGCACUGCUGAUCACCAUGUGAGCCCAAACAUUUUUGCUUGGAUAUAUCGGGAGAUCAAUGAUGAUUUGUCCUAUCAGAUGGACUGUCAUGCCGUAGAAUGUGAGAGCAAGCUAGAGGCCAAGAAGUUAGCUCAUGCUAUGAUGGAGGCCUUUAAGAAAACUUUCCAUAGCAUGAAGAGUGAUGGCCGGAUCCACAGGAAUAGCUCCUCUGAAGAAAUGUCUCAAGAAUUAGAAUCUGAUGAUGGCUGAAUUUCAAUUUUUUGAUGGUUAAACAACAGCAAAAUUGGCCCUGGGAACAUAAACAUAUAUAUAUAAAAUGAAUGAACAACCAUUCAAUUUGGGAAUGAUGAAUUUCCAAAAUUUGACUAAUCACCUUUUUUUAUUUUUAUUUUUUAAAAGCAAUUCAGAAAAUUUCCUGAAAAUAUACUUCUUUAUUAUAAUUACAUAACAUUGAAAUCUGCUGCUGGAUUUUUUUGUUUUGUUUUGUUUUAAUGUGAUAAAGCUUCUUGUUUAGUCAUUUGUCCAUUUCACAUUUCAAACUGAUUUUAAGCUUUGGAAUUCAAGUUCUUGUCUUAUGGUUUGUAAAUUAUUUCAAUUUCCUUGUUGAGAUUCACUGAGCAGAUUUAACAAUGAGAUCUUUCAGAGUUUGUUGUUAACAUGUAAUAUGGUACUAAGUAGGAUCAUCAUCUACAGACAAAGAGAAUACAAUUUGAGGAUCUACUGCUCUCUUUUUACCACUUCCUGGGCUGAAAUUUCUACCUGCAGUUUGACAGCCUGACAAUUAAUCCAUAUUUCACGGUUUGAGUAUUGACAUAUGCUUACAUUUACACGUUAUAAUCAUAUCUUAUAUUUUACUUUAUUCAUUUAAGCUUUUAAAAUGUACUUCCAGUCACAUAUUUCCCCCUUAGUGCCAUUUUUUAAAAGAUGAACUGCAGGGAUGCCAAGUGAAUGGUGGGACACCUGAAUGUAAAUUCUCUCUUUUAUACCUUGUCCAAUAAAUCAGACCACCGCCUAAGGAUGAACAUCCUGAAUAUAUAUUACUUGGGCUGUAAUGUAGAGUCUACCUUGCUCCUGGCACAAACUUUAGUUUUGCAACAGUCUCGCCACAAACAGAAUCUACAUUAGCUUAUUUACUUGUGCUCCAGGGUUCAGUUUAAACUAGCAUAUUAAUCGUUAGCAUCUGAGAAGUAUAACGAUCUUUAAGAUCAGUUUUGGUGGCAGAAAGUUUGUUAAUAUUCUGCUAACAUUUCCUGAAAUAUUAACAUCUUGUUAAUAUUUCCUGAAAUGUUUUCAACUCACAGAUGAAAGGGUUCAUAAGUAUUUUUUUAUGUUUUAAAGACAAAGUGCUGAUUACUAAUAUAUAGGUAAUACUGCACUUUAUACAGUCUUGUUCAUAACUUGUGGUAACGUUAGGAGCACUGGGCACCUUACAGAAGCCUUAAAAGAAAGCAAAUCACAGCAAAUAGCUAUGGAAGACUUUUUCAUUGUGUCUGAAUAUGCACCUGUGUGUAUGUAUGGAUGGAUGUGUCUGUGUGUAUGCAGUCACUAUUAGAGCAUAUAGAUUUAUCAUGGGAACAUACUGAGGAGGAAUUGCACCUUUAAUAAAUAUGCUUAUUGCUUUCCAAUGUAUGUAAAGUAUUCUGCAGCUUAAAGGCAUUCAUACUUUAAUAAAAAAGGUGGAAUUAAAAAUUAAUAA